AUGUCUGUAACGUCUGUCCGGCAGAGCCGUUGCCGUGAGUGUGUGGAGCGUAUUCCGUGGAUCGCUCCGGAGUGUGUGAAGGAUGCUGCUAACCUGACCAUCGCGGCCGACAAGUGGGGCUUCGGCACCACGCUGUGGGAGAUCUGCUACGACGGGGAGGUGCCCCUCAAGGACAAGAAACUCACAGAGAAGCAGAGGUUCUACGAGGCAGAGUGUCCCCUGGCGACCCCAGACUGCCGGGAGCUGGCCGACCUCAUGACACACUGCAUGACCUACGACCCCCGCAAGAGACCGUUCUUCCGUGCCAUCGUCCGAGACAUCGACCUCAUAGUGACGCAGAACCCGUCCAUCAAGCCGGUUCCCUCCCCUGAGGUAGACCCCACCAUGUUUGAGAAGAGGUUCCUCAAGAAGAUCAGAGAACUGGGAGAGGGUCACUUUGGCAAGGUGGAGCUGUGCAGGUAUGACCCCAGGGGAGACAGGACAGGGGAGCUGGUGGCCGUCAAGUCUCUGAAGCCGGAGAACAGAGAGGAACCCUGCAGCAACCUGCGGAGUGAGAUCAACAUCCUGAAGGAGCUGUACCACGAGAACAUCGUCAAGUACAAGGGCAUCUGCCAGGAGGAGGGCGGUCAAGCCAUCAAGCUGAUCAUGGAGUACCUUCCCUCUGGCAGUCUGAAGGAGUAUCUCCCUCACAACAAGACCAGCCAGAAGACCCUGUACAGCUAUGCCAUUCAGAUCUGCCAGGGAAUGGAGUACCUGGGCUCGCGGAACUACAUCCACCGUGACCUGGCCGCCAGGAACGUGCUGGUGGAGAACGCAGACAGGGUGAAGAUCGGAGACUUCGGACUGACCAAGAGCAUCAAGGACAACGAGGGCUACUACACUGUGAAGGGAGAGCAGGACAGCCCUGUGUUCUGGUAUGCUCCAGAGUGUCUGAUCCACUGCAAGUUCUACCUGGCGUCGGACGUCUGGUCCUUCGGUGUGACCAUGUAUGAGCUCAUCACCUUCUGCAACAGUGCCUACAACCCCAUGCCCAUGUUCUUGAAGAUGAUUGGUCCAAGCCAAGGUCAGAUGACCAUGACCCGACUGGUCAACAUCCUGGAGGAAGGGCAACGGCUGCCUCGUCCAGACAUGUGUCCCGAACCGGUCUAUGCGCUGAUGAGGAAGUGUUGGGAGAAAUCUCCAGAGAAGAGGAUCACCUUCAAGAGCCUCAUCGACCAGUUCACCCUCCUUCACGCCACGGCCAGCAGCACUUAGCCUUCCCCCUCCCCACCUGCCUGCCUUACCAGAGACUCUCCACAGGGGGGUGCCAGCUUGCAGACCAGGACUAUUAUAACCACAGGAAACAUCUGGCCUCAGCUCACCUUUACAUUUUAACUUAGGGGGAGAAUAAGUAAGUAGGGUUACGACCAUAUAUAUAUAAAAUGUUAUAGAGAGGUGACUGUAGCUUGGCUCUCGAUAAAGGACUGGGAGCACUUAACACGCCUGGUGGCCAUAGCUUAACUAUCACGUCUACAUACCGGACUUUAUCAGAGAACCGCUCAUACAAGCCUUUUCCCUGUAAUACAAAUAUACUGACUUGUAGUAUGGUCAUGAGAGAGAGGGGGGGGGGGUGUUGCAGACACUGUUUGAUGUUCCGAGAGGAACAUGGAGUGACAGAACCAUCAUGGAGGUGGAACCAAGACCAUUUUAAAGAACCAGGAUGGAUGUAACAUAUGGGAACAUGAAAAGCCAAGCCAAAUGAAAACCCACUGGGAGCCAAUCAGUUGUGAGGACAUGAGGUGUAAUCCCACUCACUGACACAAGAGGACGCUAGAGCAUCAGCCUUUUUAUUUUUUAUCUGUAUCUUUAAAGUGCUCAGAGUUCUAUACUUCACAUAAUAUGUAGUUUAUGCCUUUGUUAAAAAAAAAAAUCUGUUUUUGCAAUCAAUGUCAGGUUGUAAUCAAUGUCAGGUUGUGUAUGUCUGGUAAGUUGUAAUCAUGGAUAUUUGAGUGUAAAUACAAAUACACCAAAUCGAAAAGGGCGACAGAAUGAUGAAAGGAAUGCAAAGCUGUGAAAUAAGUUUUAGUUUGUGUGAUGGUCAGUUUCUAUUUCUUACCGACUGGGAGUUGCGAUCUCAAGGAAGUAGAGAACUUUGGCUGUGCUUGUCAUGUUUAUUCCGGAAUGUAAAAGACAAUUCCCUGCUCAAAAAAGGAGAAAAACUAUUUUUCUGAAUAAAACAAGUAUGACUAAUGGUAAAUAUACAUAAAUACACAAUUAAAAUAAAUAGUGUUUUUUUUUU